CUAUAACUGUCACUUGCUUGCCAUUAGACAGAAUAUAUUGCAGGGUGCAGUUACUUGUACUUGAUUCAGUGCCCUUGCAUACUUACUUUAUAAAGCCUGGUAUGUAGCUUUCAACUGUUUUGACUUGGUUCAAAUGCACCCCCAACAAAGAAAUCAACUAUGCGGAUAUUCAAGAACCAGUACAAACAGGAAGUACAAGCACAUUUCACUACGGCAGAGUGAGCUAUACAUUCAAGUGACCAAGAAUCAACCAUAAUGGCUGGAACAUACUACUUUGAUUUUGAGGUGACAGACCUUGGAGAACUUGAGAAUUAUACAUACCUGACUGAAGAGAUAUUCCUCUGCGAUGAUGACCUGGGCCUGGAGACCAUGUAUGCUGUGCUCUACGGUUUAAUAUUUCUGCUGGGCAUGGCAGGGAACGGCCUGAUGAUAACAGUGCUGCUGAGACACUGGCGCCUUCUACGCAUCACUGAGAUCUACCUGCUGCACCUGGCCCUGGCUGACCUGAUGCUUCUUUGUACGUUUCCUUUUGAAAUGGUUAAGUUUGCUAAUGGAUGGCUGUUUGGGGAGUUUCUCUGCAAGCUGAUGGGCCUGGUGAAGAAGCUCAACUUCCUCUUUGGGAGUUUCCUUCUAGCUUGCAUUGGGUUUGAUCGGUAUUUGGCUAUUGUUCAUGCUAUUCCUAGUCUGCAAAGUCGACAUCCAAGAACAGUGCACCAAACAUGCAUUUCACUGUGGCUGGUCUGUUUGGGUUUGUCAAUACCUGAUGUUGUGUUUCUUGCUGUGACAGAGGAAUACACAGAGACAGAAAAGUUGUCCUGUGACUAUUCUCAGUACGGUAUCCAUGGAAGCAACUGGGUUUUGACCAAUAGCAUCUUAAAUCAUGUUUGCUUUUUCCUACCUUUGAGUGUCAUGAGCUACUGCUACACAGCAAUAGUAGUUACUUUGCACAAAAAUCAGAAAAGCAAAGCGACGCGAGGUGCCAUUCGACUAGCUUUACUUAUCACUCUCAUCUUUUGUUUCUGUUUGCUUCCAUAUAACAUCACCUUACUGAUAGGGACAAUGGUAGAUUUCCAGAUCAUCACACAUGAAAACUGUAAGUCUCGUAACUUACUGAACACAGCUCUUGAGGUGACACGCAGCCUGGGUUUCUCACACUGUUGUCUGAAUCCUUUCUUGUACGCCUUUGUUGGGGUGCGGUUUCGCAAUGAGUUAAUAGAGUUGCUUUGCCAGUUGGGCUGCCGUCGUGUUUGUCUGCCUUUCAUAAAAGCUUGGGGUCACAGUCGACCAUCGGUUUCUGAUGGAGCGACCACCACCAGCACCAUCUUGAUCUAAUACACUCUUAUACAUUAUCAGCUGUAACUAAAAUGCUUCUGUUCUGUUGUUUUCUACAGUAUUUCACUUGUAAUGAUGGAGAGUGUUUCAAUUUUAUCAGAUACUCUGACAAUAUAGUACCCAUUGUUGUUUUGAUUGCAUUUAAAAGAUGAUUUAUUUAC